AUGCUUGGAGUAUUCUGCGCACGUCCCCGGCCGCUUCCCUUUUUCUUCUUAUCCGCCCUUUCUUCCUGUGCCGUCGCUCCUUUCCACCGCCUGCUCAGGCCGUCACCAGAUGUUGGAGAUCUUGCCAUCCCUCUUUCCAUUCCCGGGCGCUGCGGUCCAGCCGCCUCCGUCUGGCACACGAUCCUCCCUUCCUACUGGCGUCCAUGUCAGUCAGCGGUGCUGAGCCGCCACGAUCACUGCGCGGUGGGCGAGGGCUCGUGGAAUGUGACGUGGGACGCGCGGCCGGCGCGGUGGCUCCACCACCCAGACUCCGCCUGGCUUCUAUUUGGCGUCUGUUCUACCCUAGCUGCCGCCACCGUGCCGCCGUUGGCUGCUAAUUCUGAUCCGGAAUCGAUUUCGGAACCUGCGGAUCUAUCUACGAGGGAUGCAUCUUGUAAUUAUAGGGUCGUAGGUGUUGAAGCGGAUGGGAGGUGUUUGUUCAGAGCAAUUGCACAUAUGGCAUGUUUGCGAAAUGGGGAAAAAGCCCCCGAUGAGAAUACUCAGAAAGAGCUUGCUGAUGAAUUGAGAGCUCAAGUGGUAGAUGAGCUGUUAAUGAGGAGGAAAGAUGUAGAAUGUUUUAUUGAGGAAGAGUUUGAUUUAUAUGUGAAAAGGAUUCAAGAGCCUUGUACUUGGGGUGGAGAACCUGAGUUGCUUAUGUGUUCACAUGUUCUCAAGACGCCUAUUUGUGUCUUUAUGAAAGGGAGAAGCUCAUCAAGCUUAACAAAGAUAGCAAAUUAUGGCGAAGAGUAUAGAAGAGAUGGGGAGAAGUCCAUCGAUGUUCUGUUUCAUGGUUAUGGUCAUUAUGACAUCCUAGAAGAUGUAUCAGACUUUAGACUUGAAGGAGGCAAUAAUCUCUUGCAAUAA